GAUACUCGGAUCAAUUGGUCGGGCAUCUGCUUGUCAAUUGUAAGUCCCCUCUGGUCUGGGAUUCGAUUCCCCUCGAAUGUAGGGUGUGAUACUCGAAUUCUUAAGCGCACGAGGGAUGGUCGGAGCUCGCAUAAUAGCCUCCGACCAUUAAUUUUUAAUACAUAUAUAUAUAAUUCUAAGGCAGCCACCAUAUUUAGCCAGAUCAUAUUACAAAAUCUAUUUUUCUCUUGCAACAUUUUGAAAAAACAGACAACUUAAUUUUGUCAAAUGCUUGAAAGUGCGGUGCAGGAGCACACUGCCACAACAUCGCUGCCACAAAUACAACCUAACAAAAACAUUGAGGAUUAUGAUUGCUCCCCAUCAGAUUAAGAAUGGAGAUGAACAAGAACUCAUUGGAUCUAUUGCUUGUGCCCUUCAGCAUCUUCAUCAAUGCGAGCUACCAUUUCUACUUAUGGCACAGCUCUAAGUCCAAGAAACCAAAGACAAGUGUUGGAGCCAAUUUGGUGAGUAAAAGAGUGUGGUUUCAGAGCAUCAUGCAGGCAGACAGCAACAAAGCCGUAAUCGGAGUUCAAACCUUCCGCAACUCGCUCAUGUCGACCAUCCUCUUCGCUUCGAUCUCCAUAACCAUCAACGCCGCCCUCGCUUCAUUCGCCAACAACUUGUACACCUCAAGCCACCUCUUCGCCGGCCACCCAACCUUCGGCUCUCAAAUGGAAGCAAUACUGGUGCUGAAAUACUCAUCUGUGUCUAUGUUCAUGCUCCUCAGCUUCCUCUUCAAUUCCAUGGCGGCUGGCUUCAUCAUAGAAGCCAACUUUCUCAUCUGCUUGAAUGAAGGGGAGGCGUUCAUGGCUCAUGCAGAGGAGAUGAUGAUGAAGGGUGUGGUGUUGGGUGUGGUUGGCAAUAGAGUUCUGUAUGUUGGGCUUUCGUUGUUGGUUUGGAUGGUGGGGCCGUUGGCUUUCGGUUUAUGUACCGUUGGGAUGCUUUGGGGGUUCUAUACACUUGAUUUUAGUGUGACAUAGUGUUAUUUGUUUACUUUUUUUUUACAGAUAUGUUAGGCAAUUAUUUGUGUGUUUAUAUAGC